CUUUAUUGAACAUAAUAUGAAGAGAGAGAAAGGGGGGGGGGGGGGGAAACUUUGCCCCACACAGCACAUGCUAUAAUACCAAGAAGAUGGUGGUGAAUGAUGUGGGCAAGUCACAGAACAACGCGCUUUGAAGAAGCAGAUCUCGCGAAGCGAAACGAUCGGCAAUGGAGAAGGGCGAGCAAUCCGCCGAGUACGCCCCCUACCCGAAGCUCACUCCCGAAGACGUAGCGCCGCCUCCGCCGCCCCCUGUUGGCCACCUCGACGCCACCACAGUGCCGCCCGAGUCCAACCCCUACAUCAGCCCUUCCGCCACUGCGCCGUCCUCGAUCUUCUGCGUCUUCUAUACGAUGGGCACUGUGCGCGAUGUGCUUGACAAAUUUGGGAAGAAAGUCAACGAAGCAGCGAAGAAGACUGAGGAUUUGGCUGGGAAUUUUUGGCAGCAUUUGAAAACAGGGCCUAGCAUUGCUGACGCAGCCAUGGGGAGGAUUUCUCAGACUACUAGAGUCAUAAGUGAAGGGGAUUAUGAUAAAAUAUUUCAGCAAACUUUUGAGACAUUUCCUGAUGAGAAACUUAAAAAGUCAUAUGCGUGCUAUCUUUCGACAUCGGCUGGUCCUAUUAUUGGGGUUUUGUAUCUUUCGACUGCCAAACUUGCAUUCUGUAGUGAUAAUCCCCUAUCAUACAAAGUUGGAGAUCAGACUCAAUGGACAUAUUACAAGGUGGUAAUUCCUCUGCAUCAGAUAAGAUCAGUCGAUCGUUCAGCGAGCAGAGCAAAGCCAGGAGAAAAAUAUAUUCAAGUUGUCUCUAUCGACAACCAUGAGUUCUGGUUCAUGGGUCUUGUGAACUAUGAUAGUGCUGUCAGAAACCUACUGGAAGCAGUGCAUGGUUCUCGUCUCCAAGUUUAGUGAUCUGUUCGGAUUUGGGAAAGCAAUUUUCAUGAAGUUCAUGCUUGUUAGCAGAACUGUUGUGCCUCAGAUGCUCUUUUCCCCGCAUCAUGAACAGUUUUGUCUCUCAAGUUCUUCACAAGAUCAGGAAGGAAGCAGUUGUCAUCGGGAUACCGUAUCAUUUCUGCAAGAACCGAGGUGGUUUAAAGGCAUUUUACAGUUUCCGUAUACAAAAAGCAGGGAUCAUUCCACCAUGUGGGGCUGCAAUCAGGUGAACCCUAACGCUAGUGAAACAAUCGAUAGCAAAGAAGAAAACCAGGUGCCAGGUACGUGUUUCUUGACAUGUGUUUGUUUUCAAGGUAGUAUAUGAUUUGGGUAGUAGACGGAAGAUGUUACCAAAGGCGCGCGCGCGCGCACACACGCACACAGGCUUUGUAUCGUAAUCACAUCAGGACGUGUCCUCUUCCUGCCAAUGUCGCAUCACCCAAAGUUGCACGUGAUUUCGUCCCUCUCCGAUACCGCCUCUCAUCACACAGAGAGAGAUAUAUGUGCACAAUGUUACUAGUCAUAAAAUGGAUCUCUCUCUCCAAAACUAUAGUCUCCUAUAUUUCCUUAAAAAAUAUUGUAAUAUAAUCUUAAACAUUAAUAAUAUUCAUUUUAGGCCCUUUAUAUUUAAGUGUUUGA